CUUUGGAAUCCUCCUCAGCAGAGACAAGUGAAACAAAGAAAUUGAGCCUUUUGCAUUUUAAACCAGAUCCUUUCAGGUUCAUGUGCCAUUUCCUUAGAGGUAGGUGAGCAAGGUGCAAGUGGGGGGGGAAUGUCGACCACCUAACUCCGGUGGCCCAGGAAGAUUCCCCACCCCCAGGAACUUAAAUGUGAGGGUGAGAGGAACUGCAAAUAUCUUCUGGUCCUGGGGCUGCGUGCCACUUUCACUAGUUUGGGGUGCAGGAAGAAACUUGGCUUGACGGAGGCCAACAGCACCUUGCAGAGAGAACCCUGCAGCAUCUCCUGGGCUGGUGUGUGCAUUUCUGGGAGAGCAGAGUGCACGUGUACAUGUUAGGAAAAGAAGAGCCACAUCAUCUCCAGAAUUCCCUUCCAUCCUCCCCUUCCUCAUCUUGCUUUACAGUAACCCAGAAGACUUCUCAAACUUUUCUAGCCUAGGAUUAUAGUCGCAAGAGUUGCCAGCAUGAAACUUUUCCUGAUUAUUCUGCCUUCUCUUUUCCAAGCUGUUACAAAGUGUCUUCUGGUUCAUUCCAGACUGGACAGCUAUUCCUGCCCUUUGGGACAGUUCCCCUGUGGCAACCUGUCUGUCUGUUUACCCCAGCUCCUGCACUGCAACGGAGAGAAGGACUGCAACAAUGGAGCCGACGAAGAGAACUGCGUGGAUAAUAGCGGGUGGCUGCAGAUCUUGGAUGACAUGCAGCAGACCAAGAGCAGCAGAGCCACUGAGAAAGAGGAGACCCCAGUCUGUGUGCUCGACCGGUUCCCAAAGGAAUGCCAGUGCUCGGGAAGGGCGAUAGACUGCACCGGCCAGAACUUGCACACUGUCCCCUGGGUCUCCUCCAACGUGACAACGCUAGAUCUGAAGACUAAUAAAAUCCACUCACUGUGGGACAACCAGUUUAUCAUGUACAGAAGUCUGGAGAAGCUCCUCUUACAGUACAACGAAAUCCAGUCAAUAAUGCCCCAUGCUUUUGCUGGACUUUUCAAGCUUAAAAUGCUGUUCCUGAGUCACAAUAACAUCACGGAGCUGAAGCCAAGAGUCUUCCAGGAUCUGCAUAAUCUUGAAUGGCUAAUACUGGAUAACAACAGAAUUGCCAUGAUCCUCCCAGCGACUUUUGUGGGGUUGAAAUCUCUGUACUUUCUGUACAUGCUGAACAACUCCCUGAGUAGCAUGCCUAACACUUCCGUAUGUGCAGAGAUGCCAAAACUCAGCUGGCUGGAGCUGGAAGGAAAUCAGAUCCAUGAUCUGAGGAGCUCAGUGUUCCAGGAAUGCACCACCUUCACUGUACUGAUUUUGCGCAGAAACAAGAUCAAAUGGAUCCAGGAAGGGGCAUUUUCCAAACUGAACAGACUGGUGGAGCUUGACCUGUCGUACAAUAGACUGGAGAAACUUCCACCAUCUUUAUUCAGUAACCUGCAUGACCUCCAGCAACUGAAUAUUUCCUACAACCCCCUGAAGCAGAUCUUUGCCGACCAAUUUGACAGCCUGCCCCACCUGCGCUCUCUGAGUAUUGAAGGUCUGGAGAUCCCCAACAUCCAGACUCGCAUGUUCCAGAAACUCACCAAACUGUCUCACAUCUACUUUAAGAAGUUCCAGUAUUGCAACUACUCUCCACAUGUGCGCAGCUGCAAGCCCAACACUGACGGCAUCUCCUCCUUUGAGAACCUCCUGGCCAACAUCAUCCUCAGGGUCUUUGUCUGGGUUAUCGCAUGCAUCACCUGCUUUGGGAACCUCUUUGUCAUCUGCAUGAGGUCCUUCGUCAUCACAGAGAACAGCCAGCACACCAUGGCCAUCAAAUCGCUCUGCUGUGCAGAUGGUCUGAUGGGAAUCUAUCUUUUCUUCAUUGGAGCCUUUGAUCUCAAGUUCUCCGGCGAGUACAACAAGCAUGCCCAGGUGUGGAUGGCAAGCAUUCAGUGCCAGCUGGUGGGCAGCCUGGCCAUGCUGUCCUCGGAGGUGUCCGUCUUGCUGCUGACGUACAUGACCCUGGAGAAGUACCUCUGCAUUGUCUUCCCGUUCAGCCAUUAUGGGGCAGGCAAAAAGCGGACCCUCUCCAUGCUGGUCAUCAUCUGGCUGUUGGGCUUUUCUCUCACCCUCGUCCCCUUCUGGUCCAAGGAGUCCUUUGGGGACUACUAUGGGAGGAACGGGGUGUGUUUCCCACUCCAGUCCGACGAGACCGAGCGACCAGGAGCCAGGGGCUACUCCACCGGGAUAUUUCUGGGUCUGAACCUCAUUGCCUUCGUCACCAUCGUGUUCGCCUACACCAGCAUGUUCUACUCCAUCCGCACCACGGCCACGAAGACGGCCAAGCGCAGCGUCUUCUCCAGGGAAGUGGCCAUCGCCAAGAGAUUCUUCUUCAUCGUCUUCACUGACGCCCUCUGCUGGAUCCCCAUCUUCCUCCUGAAGCUUCUCUCCCUGCUGCAGGUGGAAAUACCAGGCACCGUGACGUCAUGGGUGGUCAUUUUCAUACUGCCCAUCAAUAGUGCCUUGAACCCCAUCCUGUACACCAUCACCACCACCCCCUUCCAAGAGAAGCUCAAGCUGUGUUUGCAGAAGAAGCAGCUGCAGCAGUCAUCACUUCAGGACCCAGAAGAGUCCAGAAAGAGCUUUUCCCUGCUAUCCACACAAACCAGCAGCACCUGACAGUCCCCAGCAGCUUAGCCUUGGGAGCGGUGAAAGGCCUCACUGCUUCAUGCAUGCAGCUAUGAAGGACCAUGCCUCUGUCCUCCCCAGGUGCCUCCCCUGGCUGGUUCACUGCCCACCCCAUGAUAGCCAUUUUGGGGCCAGAAGAUGCCAAAGGGGAGCUGCCACCACUUUCCAAGUGCUAGUCAUUAUCUCAGCCAGCUCUCGACCAUGGAGGGAAUAGCCCUCCCUGCUGCAGCAACAGUGCCUGGUGUUGUAUAUGAGGCUACAGAAGAAACAGUCACAGAUAGCCGAUGGGGCCUGAACUCUGCCCCACGGUUAAAAGCACUGGAACGCUGCCUGCCCCAUGCCUUCUCAUUGCUGUGUGUCAGCGCUUUGGGGCUGUGGGUUUAGCUGAUGCUGGUUCAGCACAAGGAUUAACCAGCUGUUGUGGAAUGGAUGUUGUAUUUCAUCCUAACCCUCUGUCUCUGUUGCAUGGUCCCUGUAGCUCCCUGCCCCUUUGCCCUGGAGACAAGCUGCAGGGGCAGCUGCUGCAGCAGUCUUUGGAACAGAGAGUGUUUUCUGCAGUGCCGGAAGCAAGUCUGGGUCCAGGGGAAGGAAGGUGGGAGGAGAAGCCUUCAGUGCUUUGAUUUGGGGCCAGAGGCAGCUAACGCAGAUGCCAGUGCGAUCCUGGUGAGAGUUGUGGGUCGCCUCAGCUUGUGGGCAGCUGGUUCUGCCAUGUGGAGUGAUUAAGUAUUCAGGCCACCCUCAGCCCUUGGGGAAGCCUUGGCUGUGGGACCCAAGCAGCAGCUGCUAUUGUGAGUGAAAUGCUGCAGAAGGAAAGGGAGGCGGUGCUGUCCCCUGACACUUCCUACACCACCCUGACUGCUAGGCCCAUGUUCAGGGCAGGUGUCCCCAUUCAGGGCCUGCUCCUCCAGCCACCAUGUUCAGCAGGGACUCACGGCCGCACCCUGUUCUCCAGCCAUACCUGAGCUCGUGCCUUUAGAAAAUGAAUCCUCGCAACUGAGGCACCAAUUCCCCUGGGCUAAUGCUGCCCGUGCCCAAACCCAUUCCUAGGAAAAUAGCAGUAAAAUAGCAACACCGGAGCAGUAGGUAGUGGUUGGUGUUCCUUUCCUAGCCUCUGUUCCUCUCUGAUUUACUCCUGAAUUGCCCUUCUCCAGGGGGUGUCUGGGCUCUGCCUUGGCAAUAGCAAUUCUGUCUCCCUGCCAUACACUGCGUGGGCUGGCUAGCCCCACCCCAAUCCCAGGUGAGAUUAACCUGGCAAGGCAUACCAGCCUGAGCGCCGCUGGUGGCCAGGAGCCAGAGGAGUUUGUUUCAGAUCCACCCAGGGCUGAAGCUACUGCCGUUCCCUGUUUGGUUCUGGAACAAUCCCAGCACUCGGCCCGGGGGCACUUCUCACUCUGCAGUGGGGUGGAGAGAGGGGACAGAGCAAGGGAUUGAAAGUACCGGCUCUCAGGCCACUGAGGUUCUCUUUGGGUACAGCCUCUGGACCACAGCAUGCUGCACAUUGGGACUAUUGCCUGGAGUCUCAAGGGAGCCACCUCCAUG